GGACAUCAGCAGAGACAGUUUCCAUAGGAUGAACGUUCAACUAAGGAACUAAAUUUAACAGAGAGACUGUACUGCAUGAAAAUGCCAGGAGGGCAGCUGUUUCUGUGAUGCUGGAACCACCACAUCUGGCACCAUCCAUCUGGCACAGUCAAAGUCGCUUAGAUCACACAUCUUGCCCAUUCUAAUAGGCUAAUCUGGGUUGGAAGCCACUUGUGGUCCAGUCUGGUCUGAUGUGUUCCCAUCUCCUUAAAUAGGGGGCGCUGUUUCUAAAAUGAGUCUCUCAGAGGAGCCAGAGACCAAAGGAGGAUCCAUCAGCACUGAGAGGAAGAGGGUCCAGAUAGAAAGAGCUGCGUCACCUGUACCCAGCUGUCUGUCUAUGAAGAGCGAUCAUUCAAUGAAUGCACCAAUCCUUUUCAGAGGAGAUGUCACAGGUAAUCAGAGGGUCCAGAUAGAAAGAGCUGCGUCACCUGUACCCAGCUGUCUGUCUAUGAAGAGCGAUCAUUCAAUGAAUGCACCAAUCCUUUUCAGAGGAGAUGUCACUGGUGAUCAGAGGGUCCAGGUAGAAAGAGCAGGGUCACCUGUACCCAGCUGUCUGUCUAUGAGGAGUGGAAAGUCAAUGGAUAAGGUACUCAACUUCAGAGGAGAGUUACCAGGUGAUUCAAGGGUCCAGCAGUCACUGGAGUCCAGCUCUUUUGAAGAAAAGAGUUCAGAGAAAUUAUCUUUCCCAAACCAGUCUCUCCUGCGCACUCUGAUGAAUCUGAAGAAGGACAAAAAGUUGAAAUUGUUUCAGAGCCAUCUGAGUCAGGAUUGCCCAGAAUGCUUUCAGAGUCUGCCUGAAGAUCCUUCUGCACUGGUUAAGUUCAUGAAGAUGAAGGAAUUGUUCAAGAGUCAUCAAAUUGCUGAUUACCCAGAAUGCACUGAGAGAGAGCAGGAGGAUCCUGAGGCCCUGUACAUAGGUGAGAAGAUGCUGGAGACCUGUGGCAGUGAGAGGUCUCUGAAGAUCACACUCCACAUCCUGAAGAACAUGAAGCAGAAGGAUCUCGCCGACUCACUGGAGAGAGAUGAGCAGCACAAUGAAUCCAUAAAAAGAGCCCAGCAGGCACUGAAAAUGAAUCUGAAGAAGAAGUUUGAAUGCAUAUUUGAAUGUUCAGCAAAGCAGGGCAACCCAACCCUGUUCAAUGAGAUCUAUACAGAGCUCUACAUCACAGAGGGGGGAAGUGGGGGGGGCAAUAAUGAACACGAGGUCAGACAGAUUGAGACAGCAUCCAAGAGACAAACCACACAGGAGACUGCAAUCCUCUGCAAUGACAUAUUUAAGCCUUUACCUGGACAAAAGAAACCCAUCAGAACUGUGCUUACAAAAGGCAUCGCUGGCAUUGGGAAAACUGUGUCUGUGCAGAAGUUCAUUCUGGACUGGGCAGAAGGAAAAGCCAAUCAGAACGUUGAUUUCAUCUUCACUCUACCUUUCCGAGAUCUGAAUUUGAAGAAGCAAAGAGCAUUCAGUCUGAUGCAACUUCUGCAGCACUACUUUCCACAACUGAAACAGAUCAAAAGUGUUGAAGGUGAUGAAGUCAAAGUUGUGUUUAUCUUUGAUGGACUGGAUGAAUGUCGACUUCCUCUAGAUUUCCAAAGCAAUGACAUCUGCUGUGAUAUAACAGAGUCAUCAUCAGUGGAUGUGCUGCUGACCAACCUCAUUAAGGGGAAUCUGCUUCCCUCUGCUCUCCUCUGGAUCACAUCCCGACCAGCAGCAGCCAAUCAGAUCCCUCCUGAGUGUGUCCACCAGGUGACAGAGGUUCGAGGGUUCAAUGACCCACAGAAGGAGGAGUACUUCAGGAAGAGAAUCAGAGAUCAGAACCAGGCCAGCAGAAUUGUUUCACACAUAAAGUCUUCCAGGAGUCUCUACAUCAUGUGUCACAUACCAGUCUUCUGCUGGGUUUCUGCUACUGUUCUGGAGACAAUGUUGGGUAAAGUAGGGAAUAGAGAUCUUCCCAAAACACUGACUGAAAUGUACACACACUUCCUGCUCAUUCAGACUAAUGUGAAGAAUCAGAAGUAUCGUGGCACUGAUGAGACAGACCCAAAGAUGUCAGCAUCAGAUACAGAAAUCAUCCUGAAACUGGGGCAGCUGGCUUUCCUACAGAUGGAUAAGGGCAAUCUGAUAUUCUAUGAAGAGGACCUGAGAGAGAGUGGCAUUGAUGUCAGUGAAGCUUCAGUGUACUCUGGGGUAUGCACAGAGAUCUUUAAAGAGGAGUGUGGGUUGUAUCAGGAGAAGGUCUACUGCUUUGUGCAUCUGAGCAUUCAGGAGUAUCUGGCUGCCUUGUUUGUAUUUCAAUCAUGUGUAAAUGAGAAAAGAAAUGUACUCACAGCAGAAGAAUCAAAACCUCACAGUGACAGAGUGCAGUUCUCUGAGUUACACAGGAGUGCAGUGGAUCAGGCCUUAGAGAGUAAGAAUGGACACCUGGACCUUUUCCUCCGAUUCCUUCUUGGCCUCUCUCUGGACUCCGUUGAGACUUUCUUAAGACACAAAACAAAUCCCAUUGUUACAUUCUUUAAAAGACUACUGACACAGACAGAAAGCAGAUCAGAGAGCAUUGAGAAAACAGUCCAGUACAUUAAGGAGAGGAUCAGAAAGGAGUCUUCAGCAGAGAGGACCAUCAAUCUGUUCCACUGUCUCAAUGAACUGAAUGACAACUACCUAGUGCAGGAAAUCCAGAAUUCCCUGAGAUCAGGAAAACUUUCUGAUCUAAAGCUGGAACCAGACCAGUGUUCAGCUCUGGCCUUUGUGUUACUGAUGUCAGAGAAGGUCCUGGAUGAGUUUGACUUGAAGACCUACAACACAUCAGCAGCAGGUCAUCAGAGACUGCUACCAGCAAUCAGGAACUGCAGGAAGGCUGUGCUGGGUUGGUGUAAUCUCACAGAGGGCUGCUGUGAUGUUCUGGCCUCAGUCCUGCAUUCUCCUCACUCAGAGCUGAGAGAUCUGGAGCUCAGAGACAAUGAGCUGCAGGAUUCAGGAGUGAGAGCGCUCUCUGCUGGACUGGAGGACCCACACUGUAAACUGCAGAGACUGGGGCUGUCAGGCUGUAGAGUCACACAGAGAGGCUGUGAUUCUCUGGCUUCAGCUCUGUGUUCAAACCCCUCACACCUGAGAGAUCUAAAUUUAAUCCUGGAUGAGUUUGACUUGAAGACCUACAACACAUCAGCAGCAGGUCAUCAGAGACUGCUACCAGUAGUCAGGAACUGCAGGAAGGCCACACUGAACAACUGUGACCUCACACAGAAGAUCUGUGAUAUUGUGGCCUCAGCUCUCCAGUCAUCAAACUCACCCCUGAGAGAUCUGGACCUCAGCUACAAUUACCUGGGAAAUUCAGGAGUGGAGCUGCUCUGUGCUGGACUGAGGAGGCCAAACUGUAAACUACAGAGACUGGGACUGAACUACUGUAAACUCACACAGAACUGCUGUAAUAUUGUGGCCUCAACUCUCCACAGCAAGCUCCAACACCUUACAUAUCUGGAGCUCAGAGACAACGAGCUGCAGGAUUCAGGAGUGAGAGCGCUCUCUGCUGGACUGGAGGUCCCACACUGUAAACUGCAGAGACUGGGGCUGUCAGGCUGUAGAGUCACACAGAGAGGCUGUGAUUCUCUGGCUUCAGCUCUGUGUUCAAACCCCUCACACCUGAGAGAGCUGGACCUGAGAUACAAUCACCCAGGAGACUCAGGAGUGAGAGCGCUGUCUGCUGCUAAACUGGACACAUUCACACUGCUUGUGGACCAUGGAGGAGAGAACAGGACCAAACCAGGACCCAGGAAAUACGGCUGUGAGUUCACACUGGAUCCAAACACAGCGAACAGAGAGCUGUCUCUGUCUGAGGGGAACAGGAGGGUGACACAGACAUGGGGGAGAGAGGAGCCAUAUCCUGAUCAUCCAGAGAGAUUUGAGUUCUGGCCCCAGGUUGUGUGCAGAGAGAGUGUGUGUGAGCGCUGUUACUGGGAGGCUGAGUUCAGUGUGUAUGAAUGGGGGAGAUGGGCUGAUAUCGCAGUGACAGAUAAAGGAAUCAGCAGGAAAGGAGUGGGUUCUGACUGUGUGUUUGGAUUCAAUGAAGACUCCUGGAGUCUGCAGUGCUUUAAACACAGUGACUCUGAUAAACUCAGAUACUUUGUCUGGCACAAUAAUAACCUAACACACAUACCUGCCCCCCCCUCCCCCUACCGCAGAGCAGGAGUGUGUGAUGAUGAUGAUGAUGGCGAUGAUGAUGGUAGAGGAGUGUGUGUGUACAGGGUAGGUGUGUGUGUGGACCGUCUGGCCAGCACUCUGUCCUUCUACAGCGUCUCUGACUCUGACACACUGACCCUCCUAGUGUGUGACUCCUCAGCAUCCCUGUUCUCACUAAAGUAG